AUGAAUCGAAAAGAUCCUGCGUGGAAGUAUGCAAAAGAAAUAGAGGGGGAAAAAUACUUGAGAUGCGCAUUUUGUGAUCAAAGAUGCAAUGGAGGAAUUUCUAGACUUAAGCAUCAUUUAGGUCAAACUCAUCAUGGUAUGCAACCAUGUAAGAAAGUUCCUGAACAUGUGAAAAAAGAGUGUGCCGCAACUUUGAAAAAUCUUCAGCUUGAAAAAAGAAAGAAAAAUGAAAUGCUUAGAGAGAUCGGGGAUGGUCCAGGAGGAGGGGCUCUGAGUAUGGAAACUUUAUUGGAUGAAGAAUAUGGAAUCCCUGGUACUAGGAGUGCUGCAGUUGAUGAGGCUCUUAGAGCACAAUCUAAAUCAAAAGGACCAAUGGAUAGAUUUGUCACUUCAGAAGCUCGGCAAAGUACAUUGAAUUCAGCAUACAAACAAGAAGAAAGAAAGGAAGUUUGUCGAAAGAUUGGUCGUUUUUUCUUCUCUAGAGCACUCCCAUUUAAUAUUGUAAAUGAUCCAUUUUGGCUACCUAUGGUGGAAGGGAUUGCCGCAUACGGUGUAGGAUUUAAGCCUCCAUCAAUGCAUGAGUUGAGGACAUGGAUCCUUAAGGAAGAAGUUGGCGACAUUAAUACAAUGAUGGAAGAACAUAAGAAAGCUUGGGCAGAGUAUGGAUGUACUAUUAUGUCUGAUGGUUGGACUGAUGGUAAAAAUAGAGUACUAAUAAACUUUCUUGUGAAUAGCCCAGCAGGUACUUGGUUUUUGAAAUCUAUUGAUGCAUCUGAUUCCAUAAAAAAUGGAACGUUAUUGUUCAAAUAUUUAGAUGAUGUUGUCAAAGAAGUUGGAGAGGAGCAUGUCAUUCAAGUAAUAACAGAUAAUGCUUCCAAUUAUAAGAAUGCUGGAGUGAAACUUAUGGAGAAGAGGAAGAAGUUAUGGUGGACUCCAUGUGCUGCCCACUGCAUUGAUUUGAUGUUAGAAGAUAUUAGCAAAAUGAAAGUUUUUGAAGAUACAAUUAGACUAGCCAAGCAAGUAGUGAAGUUUAUUUAUGGGCAUACAUGGGUUCUUGCUUUAAUGAGAUCUUUCACGAAAAACAAAGAGAUAAUUCGCCCUGCAAUCACACGGUUUGCAACUUCUUAUCUUACUCUUCAAAGCAUCUAUAAGCAAAAACAACCUCUUCAGGCAAUGUUUUCUUCUGGAGAAUGGCACAAUGGACCAUUUGUCCAACAACAUGAAGGUAUUAGGGCUCACUCAACAAUACUAUAUGAUGUUAAUUUUUGGUCCCAUGUUGCUUUUUGCAUCAAAAGUGUUAUUCCAUUAGUAUCGGUUUUGAGAGAAGUUGAUUCAGAGGAGAGACCUGCUAUGGGAUUUAUUUAUGAGUUAAUGGAUGUUGCAAAAGAGAAAAUUGCUUUUAAUUGCGGAAAAGUUGAAAGAAAGUAUAAACCCAUUUGGAGAAGAAUAGACGAAAGAUGGGGCCCACAACUUCAUCAACCUUUACAUGCUGCUGGUUAUUAUUUGAACCCUCAAUUGCGUUAUGAAGAAACUUUUUCUAAUGCUGAUGAAGUGAGGAAGGGAUUGGAAGAUUGCAUGACUAGGAUGUUGUCUUUUGAGGAUCAUAUGGCUGCUGAUAUCCAGUUGGACUUGUAUGAUGAGGCAAAAUGA